AUGGCUCACCUCCUGGGCCACCGCGGCUGCAUGGAGAGCCUGCGAGCCGACCUGCGGGACCUGCAGGCAGCCAUCAGCGACAUCUUCUCCCGGGCUGGGGCCGUACGGUUCCGCUCCUGGAAGUUCCCCAAUCAAGUGUCCUGUGACCUGGACAUGAGGGAGCUGCUGGAGCGCUACGACUACACCGAGAGCGACCCCGAGUUCAACCAGCACUCCCAUGUGGUGCUGCUGGAGCUGGUGAUAGACAGGUGA